AUGCACGUCGCCAUUGCCAGCCCUCCAGCAAAUAUGCUGAUUGUCACACUUUUCUAUCCUGGCGGGAGGGAAGAGGCCGAGGUGCUUUUUGCACCAUUGCUUGCCCUGGAGCAUGUUGCCAAUACCACGAAGGAAAGACCAUACCCUGACGCUAACACAAUUCUCACGCCCAAGGUUCCUUGGGGCAUUCGCCGUCAAUACCAUGGGGUUGCAUUUGCCACUCCGCUGCGGGUAGACUUCCUCAAAUCCCUGGCCGAUAGCCUUGCGGAAUUGCGCUCUCAAGUCUCUCCGGAUGCGGCACCAAGCAUGAUCAUGUUAGAAAUGACAGAGAAGGAAAACAUGGGCCAGCUUCCAGUGGGCUCCAUGGCCUUUGCCGGUCGUCAGCUUCACCAUGUCUGCUUUGUAGUGGCUCGAUGGAGCAUCCCGGAACAUGACCUUGUUGCCCGGAAAUGGGUGAAUAAGACCGCAGCUAAGUUCGACGCCGAGCUGGAACGCACGAAGCACAAGGAGGGUGUCGAUAUCAACCUGGAUGCAGUCAGGGUAUACUCCAAUUAUGACGGUCUUCUACUCCCCCCCAAACAGAUAAUCGGAACAAAUCUUCCUCGAUUAACGGCACUCAAAGAGAAGUACGAUCCAAAGGACGUAUUUCGCACUUCAUAUGCCCUGCUCCCGAAAAAGUCCACUAGUCUGUAA